GGUUUUGCCGAUGUCGACGUGCAAUCUUUUUCUGCUGAGGCACGGGGAGGGGGCGUGGAACCGGGAGAACCGAUUCUGCAGCUGGGUGGACCAGAAGCUGAGCGAGGAUGGCGUGAAGCAGGCCCGGGAUUGCGGACGGCUCCUGAAGGAGCUGGGCUACAAUUUUGACAUGGUGUUCACCUCCGUCCUCAGCCGCUCCAUCCAGACGGCCUGGCUGGUCCUGGAGGCCAUGGGGCAGGAGUGGGUCCCGGUGGUGAAGUCCUGGAGGCUCAACGAGCGUCACUACGGGGCCCUGAUCGGCUUAAACCGGGCAGAGAUGGCCGCCCGACACGGGGAGGAGAAGGUGAAGGUGUGGCGGAGGAGCUACGACGUCACGCCGCCGCCCAUAGACGAAUCGCACCCGUACUUCGGCGAAAUCUACACCGAUCGCAGAUACGGCACGUGCGACGUGGAGAAGGAGAAGCUGCCUCGGGCCGAGAGCCUGAAAGAGGUGUUGGGCAGACUGCUGCUAUAUUGGGAGAACGCCGUGGUCCCGGAGAUACUCCGAGGCAGGACGGUCCUGAUUGUGGCUCAUGGAAACAGUUGCAGGGCCCUGCUGAAACACCUGGAAGGGAUUUCGGACGAGGACAUCGCCGGCGUGACUUUGCCGCCGGGGAUUCCGCUGCUGCUGGAGCUGGACGGGCAGCUGAAGCCCGCGAGAGGUCGCCAGCUACUGGGCGACCAGCAGAAGAUCGAGGCGGCCAUUAAGAAGGUGGAGGAUCAGGGAAAGGCCGAGGCGUCGACUCCGUCUGGAUGUGAGAAGUUCUUAAAGUAA